GUCAAUUUAAAUUGUUUGCUCAAAUCCAUCAUCAGAACUGACUCAUGAUAAUGUUUAAUAAUGUAUAUUUCGUAACUGGAAAUGUACCAUAUUGCAUUGCGUUGCGCACCUGUUGAAUUGACAGCCAAAAGCUAUUCACGUGACCCCCGACCUCACGUGCAAUAGCGAGCGCAGGGCCAGCGCGAGCUUGUACCUAUCUGUCAACACAGACUAUCAAAUUACUGCGAUGCCCAAAGCCCAGUAGCGAUCGCCAGUCGGAGUUUGUAAUGAGUUGUGUCAACGCAGGGUUUGAGGACUUGUCCUUCAGGAUGCUGAGGACACAGCCCAGUGCCGUGGAGCAGGAUAGGACCAUCACGUCCGAACAGCUGGAACAACAGCUGGAGGGCAGCGACCCACAUCAGUGUGUCGUCAUAUCUCACACACCCUCAGUCCAGGUGUACUAUGCAUUACGGACGAAGUUGGAGUCAAGUGACGAGACCUGGUUGCAGGAGUUCAUCUCCCUGUCGGGGCUCAACUCCCUCCUCGACUCCCUGUGUCAGAUGACAGGGAAGGCCUUCACAGGGUUCUCCGACGCCAUCCUCCAGAUUGACUGCAUCUCCUGCAUCCGCGCCAUUCUCAACACUCGUGUCGGCCUUGACCACUUCCUGUCGACGUCAACAUGCAUCAGGAAACUCACACGAGCCCUGACCAUCACCAAUACGCUGCCCAAGAAGCAAGUUCUGGAGAUCCUGUCUGCCAUCAUGGCGUACAGCACCCACGGCUACAAGCUUGUCAUCGCUGCCCUGGAGCACUUCAAGAGAGAAGAAAACCAGAGCCACAGAUUUAGUGUUGUGUUAAAUGAGCUGAAAAGUGCCGAGACAGUCCCCCACAAGACAGCCGUGAUGACCUUCCUCAAUUGCAUCCUAAACUGCAAUGCUGACAUCGCAGAAAGGACAAGAUGCAGGAAUGAAUUUGCAGGUCUAGGCUUGUUGGAUGUGCUGAGUUUCCUGCAGAGGGAGGAGGUGGAUGAUGAUCUUCACAUACAGCUGCAGACUUUCCACUCCAGGAAACAUCAAGAUGAGGAAGAACUGGCAGCAAAAUGUGACCUUGACCUCAGUAGUCCUCAUGACCUUGUUGAUAAGAUACAAGAGAAAGUGUUUGGCAGUUCAAAGAUGGCCUCUUUUGUGAACAUUCUUCAGGAUUUGUUGGCCAUGGAGGCAAGCAGCCAAAGUGAGAAGAUGUGGACAACCAUUGAGAACCAGAUCCACCACCUCAUCCAUGGAUCGGAAGGUGAGGACCGUCUGGCGAGGGUAUCCCCCGAGGAAAUCGAGGCCCUGCUGACACCAGACAUCAACAUGACCAACACUGUCCAGCGGAAACUGACCGAGAAGGGCUUGAACACACCUACAAAGAAGCUGAAUGAAAGUGACUACGAAAAUUGGAAUCCGACGCCCAAAAAUAAGUUACUCAAUGACUUGAACACUCCAACGAGGACGAAGUUGAGUUGGAAUAACAAUUUCAACAGCUUGUUGAAGAAGAAGGAAAGCUUUGAGGGGAAGUCUGUGUGUGGCGACUCCUUCAGCACACAGCUGGUGCCCCUGCCUAAGAAGCCCAUGCGCAAUCUGAAGUGGAUUACAUUCGAGACAGAGGCUGUUGAGAGUCACCCCAGCUGCAUCUGGCAGAAGAUCGAGAACAUCCCGCGGAUACAGCCGGACUACAGCCACAUGGAGGACAUCUUUAGUGAGACACACGUGUUUGAGGAGUACGAGGAGGUCCCACUGCUGAGUCAGACCUCUAGGCUGAACAUCAACCUGUUCAUCAACAGACUGGAGGUAGAACCAGAGGAGCUUGUGAGGAACCUGAUAGAUGGAGAGCCAUCUAGUCUGACCCUGCCCAUGCUGAGAUACCUCACAAAGAUUCUCCCAGAACAUGAAGAGGUGCAGAUGUUGAAGGCGUACAACGGCAACCUACUUGAGCUAGGUCUAGCCGAGCAGUUCCUGCUGCAUCUGUCAGACAUCCCCAACUACCGCACCCUCAUCAACGGCCACCUGACACGGGCAGAGUUCACCUCCAACAUCAUGAAACUGAAGACAACACUGACAGCCAUGGUGGCCAGCUGCAAGUUCGUCCUGUCCAGCUCCGACCUCCGAGAGUUCCUGCAGCUGGUGCUACGUGUGGGGAACUUCCUCAAUCAUAGUAAGUUCAACGGCAACGCUGCUGGGUACAAACUGACAAGCCUGGACCGUGUGAAGGAUGUCAAGUCCUCUGUCCUCAACAAGACGUUGAUGCACUACCUGGUGGAAGUGGCCACAGAGAAUGAUGACUCAACCCUCAGCUUCCUCACCGAGAUCCCCAGACUGGAGAAGGCUGGCAGCUACUCCCCAGAGGACAUCAAGAAGGAUGUGACGAAGAUGAACCAGCAGCUGAAGCAGUUUGUCCAGCAGCUGUCCUCAGCUCACCCCACCAUCCAGGACGUCUUCCACUUCUUCAUGGAGGAUGUGAAGCGAGACUUCCGUGAGAUGCAGGCAUCAAUCUGUGAGCUGCGGAGUCUCUCACACCAGAUGGCAGACUACUUCUGUGAGGCGGAGACAGACUUUGACCUUCAGGGCUGCUUCAAACAUCUGCACGCAUUCUGGAAACAGAUCCGGAAAUGUCGUCAGGAGAACAGUUUGUUUGGGCGUCAGGAGAAGAUGGUACAGCGUCGUAGUGACGAGUUCAAGACCAAGAUCAAACACAAGAGGCUGGCGCUAGAGUUUGGGCAGGAAGCUAAGGCCAGCUCUUCCAUGCGAGAAGACAAGAGGAGAAUCCUUGAGAAGAUCCUCAAUGAUCUUCAUCAUGCGAACUUCACCCCAACAGUUGCAUCCCUCAUAGCAACACCGCAGGCCGAAGUGACGAAGAGGAAGCAGUUCCUUCCAGCACAGAAAGAGCUGAAGACCCCUGAGAAUGAGUUCCACCCGCUGGACUUGAGUCGGAUCAGUGUGGCCGGAACGCCGAUGGUGAACCGUCCGAGGAGUGAGGCGUUCGAUGACGACUUCCCCAACUUCGGUACCAAGGUGCCACAGAAAGUCAUGACCAGUUCAGAGAACAACCUCCUGGAUGAAGAUCCAGUGUGGAUGAAGCGACCUACAAAAGUGAGCCUGCCGAGACGACACUCGCAUUAUCGAAGUCGCAGUGACCUUGGUGAGUCCAUGUGUGGCACCACGAAGUGGGUGAAAUAUGAGGAGAUCAAACUAAAACAGAAUCACACUGAAAUCGGACAAGCUCCAUUAGCCAAACCUGAAAGUUGUUGUACCCUAGCAACCCUCCAUCUUGAAGAUAACGGCAAAUUCACAUAUCAAGAAGAAAUGUCUGUUCAUGAUGGACCAAUGCUUGUUGUUCCUAAAUUAGAUGGCAAACAAUCAAGAAAGCUGGAAAAGAGGUCAUCAAUUAGUAACUUCUUCAGCAAAAUCUCUCGUCGGGUUCUCCGUCCGAAGAACGUGAACACAUGUUACAACACCAACAACUCUUCAGUGUUCAUGGAUGAUGGAGGUACAAAAGCAUUUCAAAAUGGCCGCCGCUAUUCUUCUGAGAACAAGGAGAAUAUCAGUGGUGGACUGUCAAAGAAUGAAAUGGCGUUGGAAAAACGGUAUGCUGAGAGGGAAUAUCGGCGCUUCAAGGCUCAAAGACAGAAGUGCAGCAGAGAAAAAUUUACAUGAGUUGAAUUGCCAUGACAUGACACUUGUCAGUGCUGGGUUACAACUGUUGCUAUAUGUAUAUUUGACAUUGAUGGAUGUAAUUAUUCUUUGUAGUGUGCUAAAGCUCUUUGGUUGUGUUCUGAAGAUCUUUUGAUGUUAUGUGCUAACGUCUUUGGUUGUACGUGUUGUGCUAAAGUGUAAACGACAACCUAUUUUUUAUGCAUUAUUGCUUAGAUAUAGAUAUGACUUUAUUCUCCUUUGACAAUCUUUGGAUUCUCUGUCUCUUGUCUUUUAGAAUCUUAUAACUUUUUUUCUCACUUUUUUCCUCUGUAUGUAUAAAGGGUGUACAUUUACAUACAAUUUAAUUUAUUCAUGCUUGUGAAUUAUUUUGUGCUUGUGCUUAGUUUGAGUUUGGCCUGUUCAGACCAAGGCCUUAUUUCACAAAGCGUUCUUAGCGCAGCAGCAGUCGUAAGCCCAUUGCUGAAGUAUUAGAGUUACAAUCACCUUAGCGUUAAGAAAGCUUUGUGGAACAGGGUACUGUAUUUAUUUUUGUUCAAAACUUGUCAUCUUCUUUUACAAGUUUGUGCAGCACAGAUGUCAUUAAGGAGAUAUCGCUACAAUGAAUUUGCAUCACAAUGUUUUGUAGACCAUCAAGAUGUCAUCUGUUAUCAUUACAUAACAAUAUAAUGACAUCACUAAUCUUUCUGCCACUGAAGCUAGUUUAUAUAAUAGAUGUGGUUGUUGCACUCAAGACACUGGUUAUUACUGUUUUAUAAAAUGUUGGAAGAAUUAUUUUGGAUGAUAACUAGAAACUCACCUUUGUGUCUUUGGAUAUGAAAUAUAUUAACACUCAUUGAUAAAAAUUUAAGCGCCUUCAAGUUUUAAACCAUCGACUUGUGUUGAUAUAUUUAUCAAAGGACACUCAGGUGAGAUUCUCCAGAUAGCUCUGUCUGGUGCUUAGUGUGGUGGUACUGAGGCAGAUACACUACUACAAUAUGUUAAAGGGGGACAAGGCUCAGGUUAAAUGGCAGUCCUUGCAAAUUUGACAUUGUACUUGACGAUAACCUUGAAUUUGAUAGGGCACUAUUUUGUUUCUGUAUGUGGUGUUGUCAUCACUGGUCCAACCAUAUUAAAACUACAUGUACCUGAAAAUAUAAUUGGAGAGUUGGUUUCUUCCACUCGACCUUGAUAUGAUGACAUCUGGUACAUUUCUACAGCUCAGAGACCAUAUAGCAGUAGAAACCAUCUACCAGUGUAUGGUCUUUGUACAGCUGUAAUUUCAAAGAAAGGUUGACAGACUAUUUCCACGGACCUAUAUAUAGGUCCGUGCUAUAACCAAACUAUACAUAUUAUGGCUCUCCAUCUAACAGGGGCGGUCUGGUAGCCUAGUGGUUAAAGCGUUCGCUCGUCAUGCUGAAGACCUGGGUUUGAAUCCCGACAUGGGUACAAUGUGUGAAGCCCAUUUCUGGUGUCCCCCGCCGUGAUAUUGCUGGAAUAUUGCUAAAAGCAGCGUAAAACCAAACUCACUCACUCACUCUCCAUCUAACACAAGUUUUAACCUGGGGAUGCAAACACAGGAAGUAGAAUGUUGCUGUUACACAGCAAUCCAUACCGUAUAUCCUCGAUUAAGAGCUGGACAGGAUUAAUGAGCGCCUGGGCUGGGAUAAGGUAUUAAAAUAAGAACCAGCCACUAAUAAGGAUGGGGUCGUUGGCUAAUAACUUCUCCCUGUUAAAUAGGAGUACCACUAAUGUUAUGAUUAAGCCAUCUAAUGAAUAUGAGCUUGGACUCUCACAGGGGACAGGUCAAGUAAACUGAAAUUAAUAAGGGCCCUGGCUCUUAAUUGGGGAAAUAUGGUUUGUAGAUGUCAUGUGGAAUACGCACAUGACUGUCGUCACAUGAAACUACUUGUAGCUGAAUGGACAGAUACUACUCAAAAGAAGUUAUAGAACACCCAAUUUUUUCAUGACUAGUGGGGACACGGGUGGCCCAGUCGUCUA